UUGACCGAUCCAAAUUUUCUUACGUCUCGGAAAAUUGUCUUUCCAUGAGAAAACUUACGCAUUCGCCGUCAGUCAUGCUUUGCGACCACUCCAAGCAAAAUUCUUGUGAUUGCGGCGAACAAGAAUUUACAAUUGGAUCUGUCUCAUUGCGAAAAACUAUCUUUGGAUUCGUCAGAAACAAAUACAGCGGUGAAACGGAACCAGUUAGUAAGUUCACGUGGCAAAAUAAAAAUUCAAUGCUCGUCAGCGUUAUGACCUAUGGAGCGACGGUGCUUUCAAUACAAGUUCCUAACAGAAAGGUGGAAAGUGAAGAUAUUAUCUUGGGCUUUGACACGUUGGACGACUACAUCGAAGCGAAUCAAUACAAUUUCAAUUGUUUAUUGGGACGAGUUGCAGGAGCAACCAAAAAUAGCGAAACGAAACAGAAUGAAUUUUUGGGACUGUCGAACGUAAAUUGGAUACCAAGUGUUGACGGUGUUACGUUGGUUCUGUCGUAUUUGUCGUCUAGUGACGAUGGUUGUCCCGGUAAUUUGUUUGCCAAUGUUAUGUUCCAUAUUACCGAAGACAAUCGAUUCGUCAUUACGUAUCAAGCAUCAGUCGAUACAAAAAUGCCGGUAGACUUGAGCCAUCGAUUGUAUUUUAACUUAGCUGGUCAUUCAGCGGGCCCGAUUGAAUUAAUGAAACAUGUGUUCCACAUGAAUUGCAAUAAGGUAAUACGUGAAAAAGGUAGUAAGACCGAUAAGAACAACUCCAUUGGAAAAUUUGCUGACAUCGGAUCAACCAACAAUGAUCUUAGAGUUCCUCAGCUUGUAAUAGUAGCACUAUCAAAAAUUGGUCCGAUUGACUAUUCGCCCUACUUUUCAAUUAAUUCAUACGAUCAACAAUUGGCGAAACAGUUUGUCGGCCAAUUCAUCCAUCGUCAAUCGGGACGCGCCAUGGAAAUAUACACGGACCAAAAAUGUGUCACCUUUUCAGCAUGUGAUAAUUUUCCUGGCGCACAUCUAGUAUGCAAAAUGGAUUUGGAGAGCAUUACCGUUCCCAGCAUGUACAAGGAAAACUUGAAUAAAACUAGAAAUCAGCGUACAUCGUCAAGUAGUAUAUCCAAACAGGUCAUCAGUAAAAUGCUAGGGGAAGUGCUUGACAAAGUUGAAAAGGACGACACAGUACCGAAAAUAAAUGGCAAGGGAUCAUCAAAGUACCGAAAAAAUUCAGGAUUCUACAUACAGUGCCAAAACUAUCCGAAUGCAAUGCAUCAUGGCUCUGAUAUACUGUUAAAUCCAUCCGAUUUCUACGCAAAACAAAUCGAAUACAAGUUCGGUCUAUGUGGCGCAUAGUAUUUUGUUUGUGAAUAAAUUCAGAAUUUCUAGUA